CGCGGGAGCGGGUGCCGGCGGCGGCGCCGCCCGGGGCGGCGAGGCCGGGGCUUCGAGACGCCGGGGGCCGGCGGGCGGCUUCGCAUCAUGUUCGGCUCUAGCCGGGGCGGCGUGCGCGGCGGGCAGGACCAGUUCAGCUGGGAGGACGUGAAGACCGACAAACAGAGAGAGAACUACCUGGGGAACUCGCUGAUGGCUCCGGUGGGCCGCUGGCAGAAGGGCCGCGACCUCACCUGGUACGCCAAGGGCCGGGCGGACGGUGCGGGACUGAGCCGGGAGGAGGAGCUGGCGGCCGUGCGGCAGGCGGAGCAGGAGGCCCUCAUGGCGGCGCUAGGCUACAAGAACGUGAGGAAGCAGCCCACGGGCCUGAGCAAGGAGGACUUUGUGGAGGUGUGUAAGCGGGAAGGAGGGGACCUCGAGGAGAAGGGAGUGGACCGGCUGCUGGGCCUGGGGAGCUCCAGCGGCUCGGCAGGCCGAGUGGCGUUGUCUCGGGAAGACAAGGAGGCCGCCAAGCUGGGGCUGUCGGUGUUCACGCACCAGCGCGUGGACAGCAGCCGGCCAGGCUCCUCACCAGCCUCGGCUAGGAAGAAGCCUCGGUCAGAGGAGGACAAGGCAGAGCCCGGCCCAGAGAGCCACAAGAAAAGCAGGAAAGAGAAAAAGAAGAAGAAGAAGAAGAAGCACAAGAAAGAGAAAAAGAAAGACAAGACACACCGGAGCAGGGUGGCCUCGCCGCUGCCCCCCACCUCUGCAGGAUCUGGUCGCCGCAGGCACGGCUCUGACUCGGACGCAGACUCCUCACCUUGUUCCAAGAGGCGGCGCCGGGACCACAGUGACUGA